UUUUUUUUUUUUAAUUUGCCAUGACUGAUACUGAAGCGAAACUUCCUCAAAAACGAUACUAUCGGCAGCGCGCUCACGCCAAUCCGUUUUCCGAUCAUCAACUGGAAUACCCGGCAAGACCAGCACUUAUGGACUGGUCUCCUCAUUACCCUGAAUUUUACCCUGCAAAGGAGGGCACGGUUCAGAAAAAGGUCGAGUUUGCCGAUAUUGGUUGUGGCUAUGGUGGUCUCUUGAUCGCUCUGGCACCUCUGUUCCCCGACAAGCUCAUGUUGGGUAUGGAAAUUCGAACCAAGGUGCAAGAAUACGUCUACGAAAGAAUCAAAGCCUUGCGCGUGCAGCAACCGGGCUCGUAUCAAAACGUUUCCAUCAUGCGUAUGAACGCCAUGAAGUUUUUGCCCAACUUUUUCGAAAAAGCACAGCUGUCAAAAAUCUUCUUUUUGUUUCCCGAUCCUCACUUUAAGCAACGAAAACACAAGGCGAGAAUCAUUAGUCAAACAUUGCUCGCUGAGUAUGCUUAUGUUCUUCGUGUUGGUGGUAUCUUGUACACGAUUACAGAUGUAAAAGAUUUGCACGAAUGGAUGGUCAAGCACUUGGACGAACAUCCUCUUUUCGAACGAAUCUCAGACGAAGAAUGUGCUCAGGAUCCCGUGGUACCUCACGUUCGAACGGCUACCGAAGAAGGCAAGAAGGUGGAGCGCAACCAAGGCGACAAAUUCUUGGCAUGCUACCGACGCAUCGAAGACCCUUACCAAUCAUAGAAAUCGAAGUACAAUAAAGAAAAAAAUCAUAACA